GGCGCAAAUGCUCCGACAAGCCGGGGGAGAGGUGAAGAAAACGCAGUAACUCAACGAUGGAGCAAUUUUAGGAGAUAACGACGAGCUCCCCCGUCGGAGAUAAUUCAACCGAGUCAUCUACAUGACCAAAGAAACAAGACCGGCAACGAGAAACACAAGCGUAACAAUCAUGCAAUUUAAAUACAGACGAAUUUAAGCAACCGCUCCUUCUUCAAGGUUACGCCGCUUGAAGACGCCCCAACAUCCCCCUCCUUGUCGCAGAUCAGCUGGCGUACGUUGGUCGGUCGUAACCGGUACCCAUCAUGUCCGUGGAAGAGCAGGGCUACCCCGACGCUGUGCUGUUGCUGGAGGCCGCGCCGGAGUGGAUGCGGGCCGAGAUCGAGCGUCUCACCCGGGAGCUGAGUGAGACCACGAACGAGAAGAUCCAGGCGGCGGAGUACGGGCUGGCGGUGCUGGAGGAGAAGCAGCUGCUCAAACAGCAGUACGAUGACCUGGAGAUGGAGUAUGAGGCCGUCAGGCAGGAGGUGGACCAGCUGAAGGAGGCCUUUGGACAAGCCUACACCAACCACAGGAAGGUGGCAGCGGAUGGGGAGAGCCGCGAGGAGUCUCUCAUCCAGGAGUCGGCCUGUAAGGAAGCCUACUACGAGCAGAGGGUCCUGGAGCUGCAGACCGAGCUCCGCCAGGCACGCAACAUCCUCACCAAUACCCAGUCUGAGAACGAACGCCUGAACACCAUCUCCCAGGACAUGAGAGAGAACAGCCAGAUGGUGGAGCUCCAGAGGAAUCAGCUGCGCGAUGACAUCAAGGAGUACAAGUUCCGCGAGGCGCGUCUGCUACAGGACUACACUGAGCUGGAGGAGGAGAACAUCUCGCUGCAGAAGCAGGUUUCUGCACUCAAGCAGAGCCAGGUGGAGUUUGAGGGUUUGAAGCAUGAGAUCCGUCGUCUAGAGGAGGACACUCAGUUCCUUAACAGCCAGCUGGAGGAUGCCAUCCGUCUGAAAGAGAUCGCUGAUCGUCAGCUCGGCGAGGCCCUGGAGACCAUCAAGACUGAGCGUGAGCUGAAAGCGUCCCUGAGGAAAGAGCUGUCCCACUACAUGAACAUUGGAGACACUCUGUGUCACAGCCCUCUCAGCAUUUCUCUGGAUGGCCUCAAGUUCAGCGACGAUGCCUCCACUGAACCCAACAACGACGAGGCUCUCCACGGAUAUGAGAAUGGCUUCACCAAACUGGCCAAUGCCAUCAACUACGACAACCGUAUCUCCACACCCACGAAGGAAGAGCUGUUCCAUCCUGCGCCCAGCCUCGUGGACGACCUGCUGAGCGAACUCAACAUCUCAGAGAUCCAGAAGCUCAAACAGCAGCUGAUGCAGAUGGAGCGGGAGAAGGUCAACCUGCUGUCCACCCUGCAGGACUCCCAGAAACAGCUAGAGCAGGCUAACGGCGCUCUGUCAGAGCAUCAGGAGAAGGUCAACCGCCUCACGGAGAACCUCAACGCCAUCCGCAAGCUCCAGGCCAGCAAGGAGCGCCAGUCUGCCUUGGACAACGAGAAAGAACGUGACAGCCACGAGGACGGAGACUACUACGAGGUGGACAUCAAUGGACCUGAGAUUCUGGAGUGCAAGUACAAGGUUGCUGUGUCUGAGGCAGGAGAGCUGAAGGAGGAACUGAAGACUCUGAAGACAGAAUACCAGGCCUGUCAGUCACGUUACGAAGAGGAGCGCACCCGUCUGGAGAACGAUGUCACAACGCUGGGAGGGAAGCUGGCAACUCUGGAGAAGUCCUGUCAGUCAGAGAGGGAAGAGAAGGUUAAGCUGGAGAAGGAGCUGCGCAAGCUGAGCGAUGUGGCAGGCGAAUCCCAGGGUAGCCUAAGUGUGGCUCAGGACGAGCUGGUCACCUUCAGUGAAGAACUGGCCACCCUCUACAACCACGUGUGCAUGUGCAACAACGAGACACCCAACCGCGUCAUGCUCGACUUCUACAAGGAGGGUAAGGGCGGUCGCAGCAGCCCAGAGGGCCGCGGUCGCCGCUCUCCCAUCUUGCUCACCAAGGGCCUCUUCCCCGAUCCCGCUAAGACUGACCUGAGCGACGGAGCCCCUUCACCAGUCUCCUCGCUGCCUUCUCCCGUGUCCGACCACCGCCGCGAGCCCAUGAACAUCUAUAACCUGGUGGCCAUCAUCAGAGACCAGAUCAAGCACCUGCAGCUGGCCGUGGACCGCACCACAGAGCUGUCGCGCCAGAGGGUGGCCUCCCUGGAGCUCGGCACCGUGGCCGACAAGGACAAGGAGGCCUGCAUGGAGGAGAUCCUCAAACUGAAGUCCCUGCUCAGCACCAAGAGGGAACAGAUCGCAACCCUGAGGACUGUCCUCAAGGCCAACAAGCAGACAGCUGAAGUCGCUCUGGCCAAUCUGAAGAGCAAGUAUGAGAACGAGAAGGCCAUGGUGACCGAGACCAUGAUGAAGCUGAGGAAUGAGCUCAAAGCCCUGAAGGAGGACGCAGCCACCUUUUCGUCUCUCCGAGCUAUGUUCGCCACACGUUGUGACGAGUACGUCACUCAGCUGGAUGAGAUGCAGAGGCAGCUGGCUGCAGCAGAGGAUGAGAAGAAGACCCUCAACUCCCUGCUGCGCAUGGCCAUCCAGCAGAAACUGGCCCUGACUCAGCGUCUGGAAGACCUGGAGUUCGACCACGAGCAGGUCCGCCGCGGAGGCAGCACCGGCCGGGCUAAGGCCCGCAGCAAGGCCGCCAUUGGCCCCUCCAACAACCCCCACGUAAGUCAGAGUCUCACCUGCUCUGGCUCUGGCCGGCCAGAGCUCAACAAUGCUAUGCCCAACGGCAUUUUGGGAGGCCCUCCGGUCUUUUGCAGCGAGAAGUACAAGAUCUACUGUGACUGAGGCGGCUGAGACGUCUGCAAGGGACUGCUGUGUACAGAGGGGAGGGGGCCUACGGGUCAAACCCUCCCUGCCUUAGUGUUAAAGAGCCCCACUCGCUCGCUUAGCUCCCUGGCCAGCCUGCGCUCCUCUAGGGACUGCUGUGUUACUAACCGGCUGCUCGUGUGUGCUAGUGUAAACGCUUAGGGGAAUGCAGAUGUAUGUACAGUGUGCACUAGACGUUUGGACUGUAGUAGACAUAUAUGGCAUGUGGAUUAUAGGGCCCCGGUUAUAUUGGGGGUUUUGUGGGUCUAAUGGAGUGUCUAUUCUUUCCGCUGUCACAGUGCCGUACGUAUGAUGUAAAAGGUGGCAGCUUUUGUGCUUGUUUGUUCUGGCCCCCUGAGUGUAUUGCCUGGUAACAGUAACACAUCGUGGGGGUGGGGACUUGUAAAGAAGAUGUCGAUCUGACGGUCUUGUGUCUGUCGGCAUUGGUGCUCCUUUAAAAAAAAAAGCCCCCUUCGCUUCCCUGCCUCUCCGUCCUGGCCCCCCAGGACUGACCUGUGUCCAGCAGCCCACUGUCUAAUCAGGUCACUCUCAAAGAAAAAGGAACUUUGAAGACAAAGCAACUAAAAUAUGCAAUCUCCCUCUGCUGUCUUGCCGGGGGAGCACAGUAUGAUUCUACACAGAAAUUCAAAAAGUGGGUUGGCUACUGGUUUUAUGAUGGAAUUGUACGGGCAGAAAAGGAGCACCUGUGGCCGCAGGUGUUUAUUUCAGGAUCAUGUUAAAGCUGUGAUGCUAGCACACCAAUACAAUAGGGUCAAUAGAAUCGCAUGGCUUCGCAGCUGAAAACGCUUAUGAGCUUUUUUAACUGUCUUUCUGUUGUCAGGUGUGUGGUACAAGACAAACUCACGUACUACAGGGCUCUACAUUGUAAAGAGAGGAGUUAUUUGGUGUCUGGUGAACUACAGGAGGGCUAUUCCAUGUGACCCAUUAUGUUGCGAUGGAUUCUUUCAGAGCCAUAUUAUAAGAGAGAAAAGAACGUUUGACAAAUCGAUCUCCACACCCAAAUUAAGUGCACUUCAGCAUAGGUGCCUCAGGUUCCUACUUCUGUUAAAGCGGAUAUAAAGAUUACUGUGAACAGAGAUACAAUAUAGUUUUGAUCAAAGAAGAUUUUUUAAAUACGGAGUAAAUCCUAGAAGAGCACAAAUCAAAACGGCACCUACACGUGCACAAUAAAUCUGCAAACCAACCGACCACUCGGCAAAAGUGCCUGUCGACCCAAACACUUGAUAUAUUUAUCUAUCUGUUGAUGUAAAGCCCUGUCCUUGUGUCUCAACUUGAGCGUACACUGUUCCUUUGCUCCUCUCCCCCUCCUCUCCUCUUUCUCCCCGAUCGCUCAGAGCUCUCAAAUAAUUUCUGUGUGGUUUUACGUGGCUGAGAACCCUUUCUCCUCAUGUCUCUAACCUGUGUCUUGUCGCUCGGUCGCCAUGACGACCUUCUCUCAUUUUAGAUUGUCAGCAGCUUGCUCCCCCAGCGUCACCACUCACCCUUUAACUAGAAUGAGGGACUGUGAGGAAAGAAUAUUUUUGUCAGGUAACGUCCUCCCGUGCGUAGUGUUCCCGCUGUUUGCCUGUGUGUGCAUCAGCAUUUACGUGAAGCGCCCUCAUGUGUGUAUUAUGUUUUUAACCUUUGCAAAUGGAGGGACGCUCAUUUCCUGUUUUUUGUUUUCUGGUGUGUAAGGACAGAGCGACGCACUGUUUUUGUAUCCACAAUAGCUUUAACCCUUUGCAAGCUAGCAUUACGCAAAUAGGAAAAAAAAUAUAAGUGGGGCUUGUGUUUAAUAAAUCCAUGUACUGCUUGUGGAUCAUAGACACAUUAGCUUUAUGACGCUAAAAGCAGGGUUGAUGUGAGGAAAUCCUGCAAGGUUGAUCAAAUUAUGCGUUUUCUACUACCACUAUGCUAUAUAAGAAAAUCUAUAUUCUUAAUAUGAUCACGUUCAGGUUAUAAUCUUGCAGGAUCCGAUAACAGUAUUCCUUCCUCUCGGAUAUAAAGAGAGGGAGCUUAAAUAUUCCUGGAACAAUGUCAGCGGUCAACCCUGCUUGAGUGUGCAUCCGUAAGCCACAGCGCACAGCAUGGAGACAAGGCUAUCGUGCACACACACACACACACCUCCCUUCGAGGUCAAUCACUCUUUUACGUUCAAGAUUCUCUUAACUUACAAGUGUGAUAUAUUCUUUCUAUCAGUUUGCGCUGACGAAGAAAAGGUUCGGGGAGUAGAGGAGGGAGAACUACUCGUGUUGUAAAACCAGCUCCUGAGAGAGGAGAUAAAAAAGCCAAACAUGCUGGUGAAGAAAGCCAGAUGUCUGGCCCGAGAGCUGACUCUCAUACUGUGGCGAAAUGAGUCCAGGGGUUUCCCCGAGGGAGAAACUCCUGGUUAAUUUUUAUGGAGGAAAGAUAAAGAAACCGAAAGACUGGUUGCUCAAUCGACCAGAGGACAUUGAUUCAAAUUAGUUGAGCCUGUGACCCUUCCCCUUGUAUAGGCUCUGUGGACUCACUGAGCAGUAGAUAGACCCCAGGAUGUGAUUGUGAUUAGACCCCCUUCUCCUGAUAUAGACGAAAUCCCACUUCGCUCCGUCUAGUUUGUAAUCAAUGUCUGGCUUGUCAGGUGUCAUGACAACAUGCCACCGAAAAAGCUCCUCCUACCUCUGCUUGCAGGCUCCUCCCACAUCACCUUUGAGUUUUACCACAUGAUGCAUCCAGUUCCUGAUUUAUAGUAAGCCUGCAUGUCGACAACGUAACCUUUUUUUUUUUUCAUUAACUUGCAUGGCAUAUGAGAAAGACCCAUCUCCUUUGGUUCGGGUGGUGUUCUGGUGAUCUGGUUUCAACUCUGUCCUCUUGGUACUCGCGAGUCAUUGGCUUCCUAACUGCUUCCACAUCAGCUCGUCACCGACUCGCAGACGAUGUCGAAGCUCCCGACAUAACAUCGGGCUCUUAACACGGCUUCCGUUGCUCUGACUAACCACAGCCGCCGUCUUGCUUUGUCUUGUGUGGACUCAGCCGCUGACCAUGUUAACAGUCGCUCUAAAUUGACAAGUAAUGCUAACGCUGAUCAUUUGUCUGUUUCUCCCAUUUUGCAGUAAUUACAGUAGUUCCGCGCGGAUGACGAAGUACCAACACAAGGUCCAUUCUCACUGCUGAUUGAGCUCGCCGAAAAGAGUUAGCACUAAUAGGCCAUUUGGACUAAAACCGCUAAAUGAAAACACUGAUUUCCAGUCGAAUAAACUGUCCUGCUUCCUUCUUAUUGCUUUUAUAAUGUGAUGGCUGUUAGAAUGACACCUUUGCGUGCUGCUGCUGCUGCUGCUGGAAGCCAAUUUCUCACAGGUCCAGCGAACUGACCAGAGUUUGGCCGAUCUAACCCUCCAAUGAGAAGCCAAGGGAGAUGUCUUUUUCUCAGUGUAAAUCAACAAGCUGUUUGGUCUGGUUUCAUCCUUUUUUUUUGGUUUUGUUUUAGUUUAUUGUUUUUAUAAUCUGUGCACUUUCAUUAUAUUGGAUUAUAACAGACUAUUAUUAACCUAUAGGAAAGUGUGGUAGAACUAUGGUUUGUGAGUUACUCGGUAUAGGUAAUAACACUAUAGGAUUAUACGUCCUCCUGAAUCAUCUGAUAUUACAUAAACUAUUUACUCCAGUAAAGGCUCCACAAACCACAGACCUACUAUUACGACUUUAUCCUCAAGAUUUUAUCCAUCUAAUAAUCAUUUUUAAAUCGUUUUGUUACAUAUGUUAUGCUGUUCUUUUGUGUUUGUUCUACUGCCAUGUUCUACACAAAAAAAAUCCAGGGUGAUCAAAUUCUGGGGUUUUUUCAUGUAUUUAUUAUUCCUAGGAAUAGUUCAAAAUAACACGAUGAAACUUGACAACGCUCUGACUCAAGUAGGUAAGUUGUGUUUUGGGAAAAAUUUUGAGUGGUAUGAUAUAUGCUUUUCCUAACCUCUUACCGAGGGCGUUCCACUGAAACGGGAUCACUGACUUUCAGAAUUCUCUGCAAGUGCGACGAUUAAAUUCCAAAUUGGAAUUGUUUCAUUCUCUCUUCGUUUAUCGUGCCAAAUCUUGGUACACCGUUUAGGUUUGAAAAGAAUCAAGACUCGGAAAGAAGACAAACCGUCACUGAGGAAGACGUAGUCGGGGCCAUGGCACUCCGUCCGAGCGCCGGGGUUUUGUUUUUUGGUUUGUUUAGUUCUUCGUUUCUGACCAGUAGUGCCUUUCAUUGUUUCAAGGGAGAAUCUUAGACUAGGAUUUUAUGUUUACUUUUUUAUAGGUGAGGACUUUGGGUUCAACUGUGAGCAGCAAUAAGUGCAAAGGGAACUGUCCCCCGUCUGCAUGAGUGAGAUGAUAGUUUUGAAAUUAGCUCAAUAAAACUGACAUUGUAUUGAAUUCUGCGGGCCAGUGAUCCCACUCAAUAAAUUCAGGGGUAUUACGAAAAGGUUGUUUUUUAUCAAACUUGGGGAACCAAAUGAAAUCCCUUUGGCCUCCUGUUAUUGAACAAAAUGCUCCAAGCAUCUGUAAUGUGUUUGGGUAGAUCGGUGUACUAUUGGAAACAUCUACGCAUCUCUAGCUUUGUUUGGUGAAGGUAAUGUGAUAUCAAUAGUAUUGUUGAAAAAAUGUGCAGAGAGCGCAUUUUCUCUUUCUUUUUGUCCAAUUUGAGUUUUUGUUUGUUGUUUUUUUUUAUUAUUAUUCUUGAAUUUUUUUUUUAUUUUUUUUUACAUCAUUUUUGAGCAUUAUGUUUUCAGGAAACAGAAAACAAAAUAAGCAUCAACAAGCUUGAAUAGUGCCAUCAUAGCCAACGCUUGUUUGUUGAGGCAUUAAAGUUACCAAUAUGGACGAGAAGCUAGGAGAUAAAAGUGCAAUUCAGAUAAUGUUUUACAUUUAAAAAAAAAAAAGAAAGAAAAGGUUUUCUGUUUGCUGGAAGCGAUAGCAUUGUGAUAAUAAAAUUAGCUGUGCAAACUUUAUAUUGUCAUAUUGUGUUUCAGUAUUGAUCCAUAAUGAGAGUUUGAUAUCUUUAUAUGAAAAUAACGACUUCACCUGUAUGUUGGUAUUUAUUUGAAUUGUCAUGCAGUACUGUAUUCUUAUCAAUAAUGUGCAUUAUGAUUAGUGGCAUAUUGAUUACAGCUAAAUGUCAUAUGCAUGUUUCUCAGUCAUGGGACCUUUACACAGAGUUGAAAACAAACAUGUAAACUUUUGUCAGGGUGUUACAAAAAUAUGGAGACGAAAAAAAAAAAUGAGAAGACGAGUUGAGUCUGAUGUAUUACUGCUGAACUAAUCCUAUGAAAGUGUUUUGUUUGUUUUCCAGUAGAGAGGUGAGAUGUCUGUGUAAAGGUAGUCAUACUGGCUAAAAUCAAUAAAUGUGACUUAAGUUCCAA